AUGAUGAACAGCUUGUGGUCUUCAGCGAAACCUGCCCCGGAGUCGUCGAGCGAGGCUCCCACCGAGGCAGCGGAGGAGGCUGUCGAGACCCCCCAAGACGAGUCCGCGAUUGACGACUCGGCCGAUCCAUCGCCAGCUCCUCAGCUGCCGCCACUUUCGACGUCCAGGGGCGCCUCUCAGCAGUCGCAACAGCAACAGCCGCAGCGGCAGUCCAACUCUACACAAGGCGGCGCCUCGAUGAUGCCCUCUGCGAGCAACCAAAACAACGCCGGCAAUCGGUCGCAAGCUCCCCAGCAUGCUCCCACCGACUCGCUGUCGCUGAUGCAGCUGCGGCACAUUGUCGCCAGGGUCAAUGCUGCUGACCCCGCGGCAUACGACUUUGUCUACUCGGACAUGGGGCCGCACGCGGAGGAGAUUGACGAGUGGUUCGUGUACCAGUUCUGGCAGUGGGUGCGCCUUAACGCGGCGCAAAAGGCCUUUGAGUGGCACUGGAAGCACGAGUCGGGCGGCAAGCACGGGUGGGACGACGCCGACCACGAUACCAGGGCGAGGUUUGUGCAGGGCGCCAUUGCAGGCGUGCAGAGCAACGACGCGGCGCUGAGGGCGAACUCGAUUGGCAAGAUUAUGUAUCUCGUCUUGGGCAGAUGGGGGGACACGGCGAUGCCGCACGCGACGGACGAGAACAGCCGGUCGAUUGCGAGCAUCCCGCAGCUCCAGGCGAUGAAGGCUGGCGUGGCGUGUUUGACGUCUCUGGGAGGGAUACCAGUCAUCUGGCAAGCGCUGAGGGACGUCUUUGAGAUUCACUGGUCUGGUGAUAUCCAACAAGGCAGUGCGCAGGAUGCUCAGGAUGAAUUGAUGAAUCUCCUGACCAUCAUGUACAUUGUGGUCCAAGAGACGUUGAACGACCCCGAGGAUAUGGCCUCAACAGAAGCAAAACUACUUGAGCUGAAUCCCUCCCUGGUCGAUUUCAUGAUGCUGGCGACUUCCAAGCUGAGAUGGGAUGAACAAAACACCAUGCCCCAUACCCAGAUCUUCCUGCUGUUCUGGAAAUCCAUCCUUCUUGUCUUCGGCGGAACAGAAGACCUCAAGCGUGUCAAGGAGGCCACCAGCGAGCUUACAGGCGGUGAUAAGAGCAAAGAUACCAUCACGGCCUCGCCCCUGGACUAUCACGUCUUUCGCCAGGAAGUCACCUCGAAAUACCCGGCCUAUGUCCCGCCACAGCCCUUGAUACCGCUAGAGGCGGACAAUUCGUCGCUUCUUCCACCUCUGCCUAAUAUGACGAGCCGCAGUGUUGCCAACGGCAUCAUCCCCCAGCCGCCCAACGUACAACUGGGAGGCGCAUCCAUCCUCAACCAGCCAGUGCACAUUGCCACUCCAGCGCCAUCACCGCCGCCGUCCCCAGGCGUCGGCGGGAAAGGAGGCAAGAAGCAAAACUACCAGACCAACCAAAACUUUCCCUUCAUGUACCCUCCUCUCGAUGCCACCAGUAACAGUGCUGGCGGGAAGGGCGAAGCGGGAUAUGGCAACCCUCUGGUGUCUAGAAAGUGGGAGGGUAGCGAUAUUCCCGCCUCAAUCCUCGAGGCUGGGCAAAUCUUUUCCUCGCGUGUCAGGAUGACCCGAGCAACUCGUCAGCUCUGGGAGGAGCGAGAGCGAUUCCUCAAGUUUGAACGCGGCUGGGAAGCUGAUGAUGACGCUGAUGAAGACGACGACGAUGACAUUGAGGAUCUCGACCUCAAUGAGCUCACAUUGGAGGAGAAGGAAGUGCUGCGCGAGCUGAAGGCCGAAGAUAAAAAAGAGAAGAAGAAGAAGGAGCGGUCAUUCCCAGGCCCGGAAGUCGACUUUGGUCCUCAACCAGAGAGGCUGAGCGAACGAGACAAGCAGCGGCUCAUUGCCGUGGAACGUUUUUAUGCCAAUGCCUUGCCUCAUCUCCAGUCCAUUGUGAUUGUUUUGCUCCGCCCAAUCCUUGUUAAUGUCACGGCUAUUGUGGCCCAGCAGCAGAAUCAGAUGGCAGGAAUGACCAGCAGGGCCAACAACCCUGGUAUUAAUGGCGGCCAUGGGUCGCAGAGGGGCAUGGAUAUGAACGCACAAGGCCAGCAAGAGCAGGAAGCAGAGCCGUCUCCUGAGGAAAUUGACGCCACUCGAACACGGGAAAUCACGUCAAAGGCUAUGACUGCCAUCCUCCUUCUCCUCCUGAAAUGGCUCAGAGUCUCGCAUGUUCUCAAGUUUGAGUACUUGACUCAACUGCUGUUGGACUCAAACUAUCUUCCCCUAGUGCUCAAGCUGUUUGCGCAUCAGGACAUUCAACAAGUGGUCGACAGUAAGAUGGACCAUGCUGAGAACAGCUUUUUCCAAUUUUGCAACAUCCGAUCUAGAUUCAAGGAUAAGACCGAGAGUGACGAGGCUGGCAAUGAGGGAGGAGACGUGGCCGAUGCAGACGGCCAAGGCGAAGGCGGCGACGGGCAGCAACCAGGAGGAGAAGACAGCGAGGAUGACGCAGCGCCGCCGCCGAUUAGAAGACAGCGAGAGACGGAGGAGGCGGAAGUGGACCAGAUGGAGGACGUGGCCUGCGACGGCGUAGAGGACGUCCGGAUGCGGCCGGAGGUGGACGAGAUGGGGGUCCCCCUGAGCAACAUCCCCAUGGAGCCCAUCACCGACUUUUCGCGGCGCAACUUCUUCUCCCUGAUCAACUACCUGCGGGUGAUGCAAAAGAUAUGCAAGAACAAGGCGCACCGCAACCUGCUGCUCGUGCAGUACAAGUCAUCCACCAUCCUCAAGAAGUCGCUGCGGGUGCCGCAGCCCGAGCUGCGGCUGUACACGCUCAAGCUCUUCAAGGGCCAGGUGCCGUACUGCGGGCGCAAGUGGAGGCAGUCCAACAUGCGCGUCAUCACAGCCGUGUACCUGCACUGCCGGCCGGAGCUGCGGGACGAGUGGCUUGCGGGCAGCGACAUUGACGCCGAGGUGGACUCGGCGCUGCCGCUGGAGCAGGCGCUGCGGAGCCUAACGCACUGGCUCAACGUGCGGCGGUACCCGGAGCGCAUCGCGGCCGACAUCCGCAUCGCCAUGAGGGAGGAGCAGGACUUUUUCUCGCGGGAGCUGGAGAAGGCGGAUCUGAACUGGUCCGAUCUCAUGGUUGGGGGGGACGAUGCGAUGAGUGAGGUGGAUCAUGGGGAGUCGACCUGGGGUUGA